AUGAUAAUGUUGUAUCGAGUAAUUUAUCGUCCAAUUCCUCGAUUUUUUCAUGUUGCUUCCUCACGACAUGAUUUUCUUACUUUGGCAUGUUCUGGGUUACAAACAGUACAUUCUUUAGGAAUCCCUUGGUGGGCUACGAUUCCAUUAAGUACAUUGCUUUUGCGUACUGCUAUAGUGCCUGUUGUUCUUUGGUCAAGAAAUAGAAUGAUUCGAUAUAUAUAUAUUAAGCCGUUGAUUGAAGCAUGGAAAUGUCAAAUUGAAAGAUUUGAUAAUAUUAAAAAUAAGAAAUUUAUUGAAAAAAGAAGUGAACUUUUUCGUCGUCAUAAUUGCCAUCCUAUUGGAUCGAUAGUUAUGCCUUUUAUACAAUUUCCAUUAUUUUUGACAAUGACAUUUGCAUUACGUAGUAUGACUGGCUGGUCAAUCCCAUUAUUUCCAAAACCAGAUAUACCUAUGGAUGUUUCAUUGACAUAUGAAGGAAUAGCAUGGAUGCAAGACUUAACGGCUCCAGAUUCUAUUGGAUUUUUGCCAGUUUGUUUAGGUUUGAUUAAUCUUAUAAAUAUUGAGUUAAAUAUUUAUUUUUAUAAAGAAAUGUUUUUUGCUUCGACAUUUAUGACACGUUUUGCACAAAUUAAUGCACUAAUUUCUAUUUUUAUUUCAAUGCAAGCACCCACAGUAAUAUACAGUCGUUUAAUGUGUAUUUGUUAA